AUGAUCAUCCCUCUGUCAACCAAGGACGUACUCCGGAAACAACAGGUAUUGCGGGGCUGGGAGUAGAGCCGGGAGAGAAGGCAGUCCCCUCCAUUCUGGCAGUCGCAUGACAGCCCUGGUUGGAAGGAGAGCUCAGACCGACGGCUCGGAGAAUUCCCCGAGGAAUGAAGUGAAAUUGCUGCCGCCGGCUGGGAUUUCCGCGGCUGCAGUACAGGUGAGCCGAGAAUGGAGUCAGGACUGAGUCAAGAGGCCGUGAUCAAGUUUCUGGUGGACGCUGGGGGCAAGGUGGAGAACUCCAAGCUGCUGUUUAACUUUCGGAACGAGUUGGGGCAGAGCGAUCCGCAGCUGAAAAAGGAAGCCCGGGAGAUUUUCAAAAGCUAUAUUAAUAACGUGGCCGUGGUGCGCGAAGAAGGAGGGGUGAAAUAUGUGGUUUUAAAGAAGAAGAUGCAGCAUCUGGUGGCUGCUCGGCAGGCAGUCCCUCCGGCUCGGCAGGAGACGGGGCCAACCAAGGGGUUGGGGAAGGUGGAGAGCCUGGGGAACCUGCCGGAGGCUGGGGAGAGACCGCAGGAGCCCAGGGCUCGGCGCAAUUCUGCACCCUCGGCGCUGUCACCGGGUGAGGCGAGAUCCCUGGCCCUCCCGUCCUAUCAGCCGCAGGACGGAGGCAAGGCAGGGUCCCAGGACGCGCUCAGCCCCGGGGGGGACCUGGUGUGGCGGCAAGGGGAGAAGCUAGCACAGUUUCAGAGGGUGCGCCCUGCCAACACCGGCAGCCUUGAGCAGAUCGCGGAGAAGCGGUGUUUGACCUGCGAGAGUGUCCCCUUGGAACACCGUGAUUCUGCCUGCGAGGGCUUAUCGUCUGCACCUGUAUCCCAAGACUUGAAGUCUCCAGCUGUUACAGCCAAUGGCAAUGCUGUGUUGGCUUCUGACUUUGUUCCCGAACCCAAGCGGUUGGACCCUCUUCCAGCCCUAGAGGAUACGUUACAAUUUGAACAAAAGAUUGGGAACUAUGAAGCCAAACCCAGCGAUGUCACUGCUGGGGGAGGUUCAAAGAUGGACUCAACCCAGAAGCCCAAACCAUACAUGUACCCACUUCGCCUUCCUCCUGACGCCCAAACAUGUAUCAGUUCUCACAGUGAGCAGAAGAAGGAUGCACAAGAUGUCCAAGUCAACAAUAACUGCCCAGUAGCUUCAGGUAACCAAAGUGCCCCCAAGGUACCUAAAAUGAAGAGAAGUCAAUCAGCAGAGGUUGGAUGCAGUUCGCCACAUCUGAAGCGAGCUUUGAGGAUUUUGAAAUUUCCUGAAGACGCCCGUUUCUCUGAUCAAGUCCCUCUGGAUCCAGUUGAGCAUGAGUGGAUUGUGAAGACCGCCUUGGGUCACUGGACCCAAGUUUCAGGCUUGCUGCUCAAGGACAACUACUUGGCCGAGAAGAAGGACUUCAUGUCUGGCUUCACAGCCGUACAUUGGGCAGCGAAAUUCGGCAACAGUGAGAUUAUGUGCUGGAUUAUUGAUAGCUCAGAGAGAAAUGGCAUCAAAAUGGAUAUUAACUCUAAAUCACAUGGUGGUUACACCCCCUUGCAUAUUGCUGCCAUUCAUGGCAGAGAAAAUGUUAUUGUUGAGCUGGUGAAAAAGUACAAUGCAAUAACAACUCUAAGAGACUACAGUGGCAAAAGGCCAUAUCAUUACUUAACCAAGGAUAGCUCCUUCUCUGUGAGGCAAUUGUUAGGGGACCCAGAGACUUUCAUCAGUGAAUCCAUUACUCAUAAACGGGGAUCUAGGGUGGCUUCUUCCAUCCUGAGCGGAACUAACACCUUGCUGGGUGCACUGGCUGAUGAUGUGAUCUUCCAAGAGUUUUCCAAGUCUUUGAAGAAACAAACAAACCUUAGCAAGUUCUUCACAGCUCCAGCUGGACACAAGAAAAGAGUUAAAAUGCGCACAAACUUUACUUCAUUGAAUGAAGAACCAGAAGAAGAAGAGAGAGAAGAGGUAGUUCUAAAACGCCGGCCGGUGACUGAAGUAUUCUUCUGAAGUUUCUUUUACAUUUUCAAAAUGAAUAUAAUGGAUCAAUAGAGAAAUACUUUGUUUUAAUGUUAAUGUUUUAGGUGAUAUUCUCCUCGGGAACUCUAGGUCAUAAUGUGAUCUUGAGCAUUAAGCUAUUUUUAAUCAUUGAUAUGGUUCUACAUUUCCAAUAGCACUGAGCAAUAAAAUUAGGAAUUUCUGUGUUUUUUAUGGUCAACUGAAUACUAGAGAAAAAUUCUUGCAGUCAAGAGGAAGGUAGCUGCUGUUAUCUAACCUCACUCUCAUUAAACCUACAGCAUGUCUGUGGGUAUUUAUAGCUUUGUUUCCAGGAUCCCCUGUGAAUUCCUCCCAGCUCCUUCAUUAGCCCCAGAAGGAACAUAGAGUGAGUUCUGUUGUGAGCUUCCUGAAGAGCAAGAGCACAGGAACAUUCCCGGGUAAUCCUGCAGUGAUCUUGCUCCUGGUUCACUAUUUCUGGUGAAGUUUUUUUUAGAAAAGCAAACAUUCAGCUGAAUGAUAAUCAAGGUUCCCCAUGUCAAAUCUACUUGUACCACUACUUAUGUGGUAAGGUGCUUUAAAUCUCUAGUGGCAAGAUGUAUUGUGCAUCCUCCCUACUUGUGUUAAUUGAAUCCUUCAGAGAGAAUAAUUUAAUUCCAAUUUUUAAUUUUAUCUUGUGUCACUUUGGAGAUAUCUUAAUCCCGAAGAAAGUUAUGUAUUAAUAGGCAAUUGGAAUUUAAAAAUUGGAGUUUGGACCUCUUAGAGGUUUUGUAUCCCAAUGAACAUUUUGAAUUCUUCUCACUCUUUAUUGAUUUACACAUUAGUAGUCCAAUUCAGUUUAUUGUAGUCAAGUUAUUUAAAUGUGAAACCUUGGUCUGUGACUCUCAAAAAUAAUAACAAAUUUGAUCAUAUCAAUAGUUGUAAGUGGUGGAUAGUCACACAAAACCAUCUGAUCUUAAAAUUGUCACCAUUUUCAAAUCCCUUCAUAGUCCUUUCCCUGCCUAUUCUGCAAUCUCUUUCUGCCCUAUAACCCACUAGUUUGAGCUUCUUGAUGACUGGCAGAUUUAUUGCUCCACCAUUGCAGCCAUGCCUUAGCUGCCAAAGCCCUAUGUUUCUGAGGUUUCUGAAUUCUCUCCCUAAAACUCUGCCUCCCCAUUUCUCUUUCAGCCUUUAAGACACUCUUUGAAACUUAUUUCUUGGACCAGACUUUUGGUUAUCCUCUCUAAAAUCUCCUUAGGUAGCUUGUCAUUAGAUUCACUUAUAAUAUUUCUGUGAAAUGCUCUGGGAUGUUUUGUACAUUAAAGUUUGUUACACCCUGUUCCCCUGCUGGUUAUAAAGCAUUUGAAAAUAAAGAAAAAAAAAGAAAUUUCAAAAGCUUUAUUCAAAUAGAGUUUACAUGUAAUUUGUAUGUGGAGCUUUGUAUGUGAGAAGCAGUACUUCAGGUAUGUUUGUUAGUGCUUAGUAUAUCUUUUGCACCUUUAUAUGAGAAAAGUGAAAUUCCAUCUUUGUGUAAAUUAAUUUGAAUGUUUUUGAGUACAGCAUUUUGAGUACAAACUGGUCUAUGCAUCUGAGUAGGUUAUGAGCUAAUAGCUUUGAUCUAAGUAAAAGCUAUUUAUUCACGACUUCAGAAUCCAUAUGGAGCUAAGAAACAGGGAGGUGGAGAAACAGCUGCUGUUACUUAUUCAUAUACUUAUUCAUAUUAAUGUAAAAAGGCAGGGUCAAUAAAUCAAAAUAUUUAGUGAACUAAC